AUGGAUCGUUCCGCCAAAGAAGCAGGAUUAAAUAUGGUCUUAAAUGACUUGAACGGUUUUCAUCAGACAUUUUUAGCUGGCUUGGCAACAAUAGAACAAUUACGCAAAGACCAUGUAAACUUUGUUCGAGAUUUGGGCACUCAGAUAGCCAACAAGAGACCGGGACUCCUUCCAAAAACACCGAAGCGUAAACGUAUCCACACAAUUCCGGAGAACGAAGAAGUUUCACCCGAAGGAAAGAAACCCCACGAAACACCAGCAAAGACCGAUGAUGAAGAACCAAACAAGGAGGAAGAAGAAGAAGAAGAAGUAGUCGUUCCUAGGUCUCGCCGCGGUGCUUCCGUCAAGGCUAAUGAAAAAAUCAAAAAACAACAAUUGUUAACGCUCAAUGCUAAACUACGCAGACCGUCUCACGAUGAAGACGUCGUGGAAGUAGUAGUGAAACCCCGAACGACUCGAGGCAAGCGGGCGAAACAACCUGUUAGUGAAUCUGACGACGAAGAGUUAAAGAGACCAUCCAAACAAUCAAAAAUCGAGAAAAAGAGUCACAUACUUAUGGAGAAAGUUACUAUUAAAGUCGAGCGAAUAUCUUCAACAGUUGAGCUGAACGAAGGACAUAAUGAUAAAAAUGUAAACGACGUUGAAAUGAUGAGUCCUCCGCGUGAAACUCGGUCUACAAAAAUUGCCGUAUCAGAGCCACCAGCUGAUAAGAGUGUUGGUGAACAAGACAAUACUCUUAUCACUGAAGCGUCAAUGUAUGAAGAUGCUAUUGGUAGCAAAAUGCUGCCGAUGAAUUCGACGAUGAAUCCCAAUAGCACCAUGACCAUAGACAGAAAAAUGAUGAACGUGACAGUGGUGUUGGAUAAAAUGAAUCAAACGGUCACUUUGAGUAAAAAUUCUCUGCCAUCAACUUCCUCUGGUGAAUUGGUGCCAACAAUACUGUUAUCAAAGAAUGAAUUCCAUAAGAAAACGUCGUCGUUAAAAUCUAAUGUCGUUCAUUCAGAGGUUGAUGAGCUUAUUACUGACGACGAGUCUUCGCCGGAACGCAUUAAAGCUGUCAAUUCAUCCAAGUCCACAAUCAAAAAAUUCAGAAAAAUAAAAGCCGCUGUAGUGAGUGAAACCGAAGACUCCGAGGAUGAAGUUUUAGCUACGCCGGUUAAGACAAAUCCUAAAACAAAGGAUCUUAAGUAUAAACAAAACGCUCUGUUCAGUCCUUAUGCUAAGCAAUCUGUGAAGAAUAAGGUAGAGGCUUUUGAACAAGUAGCACGAAGUCCUACGAAAGAACAAACAACUGGAAGAGUUACGAGAACUAAAACGCGAGCUAUGGCGAACGCUGCUGACACUGCAGCAAGUAAAGCUCCUAAAACUCCAAACCCAGGUGAUGCUCUAGCUCGUAAGUCAUUGGCUAAAGCCAAAAAAAUAGCCAUCGCUAAACAAAAGCGCGAUGAUGACAAUGAAAAAGAGAAUGCGCUGUUAAAUUCUGCUCAAAAGUCGCGCUUACCAGUUGCUAAGUCUGACAAACUGGCGCAGAAGCAACAAUUGAGGACGACUCCGGUCAGCAAAGCGCGAUUGCACAUUCCAAUGUCAGUAAAUCGCUUAGCUCAUACUCCGGUCAAUGCUCACGUCUUACCAGCUUCUACCAGAGCAGCGACUACUUCCAAGACAAGCCAUUUGAGUCACGCGUCGUCAGUCGAUUCGGUGAGUCACUCGAAACCGCUGAGUAAAUCAAGCUCUAUCGACAGCUUGGUUGAGAAAAAGCAGCGAGACGAAGAUGCUAGGAUCAAGAAGGAAGAGGCGCUGAGACAGCAAACUGAAGAGAAAAGACGCAAACGGGAGGAGAAAGAGCUCAAGAAUAAAAAAGCUAGGGAGGCUCAAGAAAAAUUGGAGCAAGAAAAGCGACUCAGGUUGGAGAAGGAGAAAGAAAUGAAAGCGAAACAGGCUUUGAUUAUGCAGGAAAAAAUGCGCGAAGAAGCGGAAAAGAAACGGUUUGCACAGCUCCAACGCGCUCAAGAGAAAGAAGAAAAGAAGAGACAAGAAGAGCAGUUGCGUCUGCAGCGGAUGCAGGAGAUUGAAGAAACUGAAAGGAAACUCGCUGAACAGAGGCGACGAGAAGAGGAGAAUGAACGUCGCAAGAAAGUAGAACUCAGAGCUCAGCAAGCUGCUGCUGCUGAAAAUGCCAAAUUAAAGCAGCAGUAUCAAGCUAAAGUUAAAGCUAUGCAGAUGGAGAAGAAUCAGCAACAACAGCAACUACAUGAGGCCCCCACAUCUUAUAAAAUUGACAGUGAUCCUGAUGAUGAUGAAUCAGACAACGAAUCUAAUCCUAAACAUCCUAUACCAUACUGGGCACAAGCCGGAAUUCGUAAUUUACAAUUAGAACUGCAACAGUACAUUCCGAUAAAUAAUGUUUUGAAAUUCUUUGGAGCUAAAAAAUGCACGCCGGAUUUGUCAGAGCUUUUUGUGGGAGUUAAAAAGGAUCGGAUGAAGAGGACCUCGAGUGCUGUGUGGAAAUCACCACCUCGGUUUUCAAUGAUGGAAGAUGAAUAA